GUGCAUAGGAUUGGCGCGUUGAUCUGGUGAUUCGACCGGAACUUCCUGCUUGGAAGCAAGCAAUGCAAGCAUUCCAUGAGUCCCAUGACCCCGCCACGUGCACUCGCUAUAUUUGCGCUAAAAUAAAGCAGGAGAAUUCUAACUUGUUCUCUCUUCCCCACAACGGCGAGUUUGAGCUGAGCUCACGCUCGUCAUCUAACUCUCCCCCCAUUCGCAAUCCAAAAAGCUUGCGCGCUACUCCACUGGUCCAUUACUUACGCAGUCAGUUCAGCGAGUGAGCACUGAGCAGCCAUGUAGCAAUUUCAAUUGCAAGUUGCAACGCGACGAAUACGGAGCCAUGGACGACGGCGCCGCAACCACAAUCGUCCAAGGCGGCGACGCGCACGUCCUGCUCCUGCCGUUCCCUGGGAUGCAGGGCCACGCGAACCCGAUGCUCCAGCUUGGCCGGCGGCUGGCCUUCCACGGCCUGCGCCCCACCUUGGUGGUCUCCCGCCACGUCCUCUCCACCACCUCCACCUCCAGGUCGUGCCCCAUCCCCGUGGCCGCCAUCUCGGACGGCUUCGACGACGGCGGGAUCUCCUCAUGCCCGGACACCGCGGAGUACGUGCGCCGGAUGGAGGCCGCGGGGUCGGAGACGCUGGCGGGGCUCCUGGACGCCGAGGCCCGCGCGGGGCGGCCCGUCCGCGUGCUGGUGUACGACUCGCACCUGCCAUGGGCGCGCCGCGUGGCGCGGGCCGCCGGCGUGGCCGCCGCCGCGUUCAUGACGCAGAUGUGCGCGGUGGGCCUCGUCUACGGCGAGGCGUGGGCCGGGCGGGUGGCCCUGCCACUGGCGGACGGGGCCGCGCUGCGCGGGAGGCUCGCCGUGGAGCUGGGCCCCGACGACGUGCCGCCGUUCGUGGCGGCGCCCGAGUGGUACCCGGCGUUCACCGAGUCCGCGCUGAGCCAGUUCGACGGGCUGGAGCACGCCGACGACGUGCUCGUCAACUCGUUCCGUGACCUGGAGCCAAUGGAAGCGGAUUACCUGGAGUCGACGUGGCGCGCGAAGACCGUCGGCCCGACACUGCCGUCGUUCUACCUCGACGACGGCCGCUUGCCAUGCGACAAGACAUACGGCGUGGACCUCUUCUCGAGCACCGACUCCGAGGCGGCGCCGUGCAUGACGUGGCUUGACAAGCAGGAGCCCUGCUCCGUCGUCCUCGCGUCGUACGGGACCGUCGCCAACCUCAACAAGGAGCAGCUGGACGAGCUCGGCAACGGACUGUGCGAUUCCGGCAAGCCUUUCGUUUGGGUGCUGAGGUCCAACGAGGCAGAGAAGCUGUCUCGACAGCUCGGUGGCAGGUGCAAGGAGAGGGGCCUCAUUGUCCCCUUCUGUCCUCAGCUCGAGGUGCUGGCACACAAGGCCACAGGUUGCUUCCUGACGCACUGCGGGUGGAACUCGACGAUUGAAUCCAUCGCUAGUGGUGUUCCAAUGGUGGCGAUGCCGCAGUGGGCGGACCAGCCGACGACGGCCAAGUAUGUGGAGAGCGCGUGGGGGAUUGGGGUGCGCAUGCGGAAGGGUUCCUUGGUGAGGAAGGAGGUGGAGAGGUGCAUAAGGGAGGUGAUGGGCGGGGAGAGGAAGCAUGUGUACGGGAGGAAUGCCGCUCGUUGGAUGCACAAGGCCAAGGAGGCCAUGCAGGAAGGAGGAAGCUCUGACAAGAACAUUGCAGAAUUCGCAGCCAAGUAUUUACCAAAGUAGAUUUCCGAUUAUGUUCUCCUCGGAUAAUGAGUUUUUUGGGCAAUAAAGUUUCUUGUCUUUAGGGCUAAUUUCGAAACUUAUCGUGUGCUUGGUUUGUAGAGUCACCCUAUUUCUCAUUAUAUACUAGUUAUUAGUUUAUGAGAAAUAAGGUGGUGAUGAAUCAACCCGUUUUAUUUUACAAACCAAAUAAAAAAGUAAUGAAUGAGAAUAAGAUGUAUUGGUAGAA